CUCUCUGACUUGAUAGCUUUUACGCGGUGCCAAUUGUCAUGAACAAAUCGAUCCAUUUGUUACACUAACCUAUCCUUUUGUUGCUAACGUGGCGCGUUCUUCAACACUGUACUAAAGUUCUUUUAAAUUUAAAUAGUAUCUUAUCAUUAUGGCUAUUAAUAUCUAUUAAGAUUUGAUGAAAAACUUAUUUGAUGGCGUAUCCAAUGGAAACAAAACCACUGUCCAAACUAUCGAGGAAUUCAAAUCCGUACCAUAUCAAAAGGCCAAUGAACGCUUUCAUGGUAUGGUCGAGGCUACAAAGAAAGAAAAUAUCAAUGAUGAAUCCGAAACUGCACAAUUCAGAGAUAUCAAAACGGCUUGGUUUGGAGUGGAAGAGUUUGGAUGAAACAGAAAAGAGACCGUUCAUAGAUGAAGCAAAAAGGUUGAGGUUAAAACACAUGAACGACUACCCAGAUUACAAAUACCGUCCGCGUCGGAAGAAUAGACUCGAUACUCCAGUUUAUGGGAAUCCAGCACUUUAUUCUACUAGAGAAACGUUCGUGGAAAUCGAGCCGAGAGAAGCAAACUACCAGUUACCACCAAACUAUUCGGAGCAGUAUGUUUAUAACAAUGUUGUAUAUACCGUUCCAAUAAGCCCGUCGUCCUUCAUGUCACCGAUGAGGCCUAAGGAGGAGACCUUGCCAAGCUUAGACUUGAGGCCUUUGCCAUCUAUAGAGAGUAUUUCGCCGAGGCCUUUCGCAGUUGUGAACCAACAGAUGAUGGUUAAAGCCUACCCGAAUUUGCACUACGUCCCAGAGGAUGUCGCGAGGAUAUCGUACCAUUACCCCUUUAGUGUUCAGUAAAAUACUAUUCAUUACCAUAU